AUGUCGUUCUUCAUUGAUAACCCUAAUGUGGGCAACCACAGUCAUUUGGAAGACUCUCGCAUUCUCGGCUACAACCCUCUCACCCCUCCCAAUCUUCUCCAGCAUGAGAUCGCAUUGACCGAGAAGUCACGACAGACCGUCCUCCAAGGACGCGAUGAAGCCGUCGAGAUCGUCCAUGGCACAGAUACCAAGCUCCAACGUCUGAUGGUCGUCAUCGGACCAUGCUCCAUCCACGACCCAGAAAUGGCCCUCGAAUACUGCGAUCGUCUACUAAAGAUGAAGGAGAAGUACGCCGACGAGCUACUGAUCGUCAUGCGCUCGUACCUCGAGAAGCCCCGCACAACAGUCGGCUGGAAGGGCCUGAUCAACGACCCGGAUAUCGACAACAGCUUCCAGAUCAACAAGGGUCUCCGCGUAUCGCGCCAGCUCUUCUUCUUGGCAGAUUGUCUGUCCAUCGGUGCUGUCGGUGCCCGUACCACCGAGUCCCAGGUCCACCGGGAGCUUUCAUCCGGUCUGUCCUUCCCCGUCGGAUUCAAGAACGGUACCGACGGCUCGCUCGAUGUCGCCGUCGAUGCUAUUGGCUCCGUCAAGCACCCCCACCACUUCCUGUCCGUCACAAAGCCAGGCGUUGUCUCCAUUGUCGGAACAGUCGGUAACCCUGAUUGCUUCGUUAUCCUUCGUGGUGGCAAGAAGGGCCCUAACUACGAUGCUGCUAGCAUCGCGGAUGCGAAGUCUAAGCUCAGUGCUAAGGGCAUGCGUCCCCGUCUUAUGGUUGACUGCAGCCACGGUAACUCCGAGAAGAACCACAGGAACCAGCCUAAGGUCGCUGCUGUGCUUGCUGAGCAGAUUGCUGCCGGUGAGGAUGCUAUUAUGGGUGUUAUGAUUGAGAGUAACAUCAACGAAGGCAACCAGAAGGUCCCCGCAGAGGGCAAGGCCGGUCUCAAGUACGGUGUCAGUAUCACAGAUGCUUGUAUCAGCUGGGAGGAUACCGAGUCAGUAUUGGAGACUCUGGCUCAAGGUGUUCGCGCUCGUCGCGAGAAAUCGGAAACAAAAUAA